GGAAACCUAUUUAUAUUAGUGUCUAUGGUCAUUUCAUAUCAAAACCAUAGAAUCGAAGUAACAAAUAUCCAUUUCCUACACAAACAACAUUCUUGUUAAAUGGCAACACGGAGGUCAUCAUUUCGCUUUCGCCUUCCCUGGUCUCAAGAUGAACCAGCUUCACCUGCAGCACCAGCAACCCAACCAUCUACUCGACCCAACUCCAGCACGGCUCCCUCUCCAGCAACUCGCCCGGCUGCACCGGCCACCAGCACGACCAAUCUGUCCACAGCUGAAACACCAACUAGUAACCAGCCAACCGACUCCAUGAAAAACACCACCCCUGGAAUUCCUACUUCACCAACUCAAGCUGGAACCAAGAAGAACAAUCAGCUUCCCAACACAAGCCUUACUCCACCUCGCCCUAUCGAACCCUCCACUACAAGCACGAGCCUGACUCCUGCUACUCCUACCACUGCUGAAACCCAAACCCCUCUCCAACCCUCGAAUAUGAACUCUACAUCCACAAAUUCUCCAGCGAGGUCUACGUCUCAAACUACUACCAGUAACCCCUCUACACCGAAGAGGCCACCAUUUAGGCCUGCAGGGGCAGCUCCCUCUCCCAAGAAUCGGGCAUCCAGGAGCGAGUCUCAACCCACAUCACCACCUCAAUCAACUAAUAAGUCCCGUAUCUCAUCUCCACCAGCUUCACCAUCUGAUUCAGCAACUAAGUCCCACGUGUCUCAAUCUCCGUCUUCAUCUCGCCCAGCUCCUCAAUCACCAGCUAUCACUCCAACAUCCUCCCCUACACGCAAGGUUCCCCAGGUCCUUUCAACUAAAACAAGCCAAGAGUCUUCAAAGCCAUCUGUUGUAAAAACUCAAAUGCAAGAAAAGAAUCAGGCAGCUAGUCUGCCAACAUCGCCACCCAAAUCAUUGCAAGAGAUCCCAAGGCCUUCUUCCAAAUCCAAACAAGUAUGGUCACCCAUGCUGGAUAAGAAAGAACCAGCAGAACAAAUGGUGCUUCAAACUAAGAAAGCAACCAUGUCAGAUGAAGCAAAAGCAAGUUUCAUAGACAAGGCAAUGCAACCUUCGGAAGUAUCAAUGCUGAAAUCCGGCACUACAGAAGGGCCAUCUGAGAAAUCACAUUCUUCCAGUGUCACUGGUGAAUCUAAGAUGCUCAAAGAGUCAGCUAGUAACAUUCAGGAAACCAAGGAAGUGGUGCACGAGACAAGAGGUAAGGCCUAUGGUGCUGGAGCAGAUAUAGUGAAGCAAGAGGAGGCUACUGAAGAUCACAUUUUGGUUUGUAAUGGAAGAGAAACGAGAGGAAGUGCAUCUCAGACGAGGAACAAAACUAUAGCCACUGGUUCUAGUCAGAAAACUGCAGCAUCCAGUGAUCGAAAUAUUCCUCUACAUAAAGAGAUGAAAGAUAACAUCUCAAAGGUUCUUAAUAGAGUAGCAGUUGGAGAUGGCACGCAGGAAACUGGGAAAACACCGGUGAAUGUGAUCACUCUCGCAGGUGAUAAUAGAGGAGCAUCUAUGCAACUUAGUUCCGACUCAUCCACGAAAGGAGGGCGAAUCCACAUUCAUAGAGGAUACAAAAUCAACCCUGAUGAAAGUGCUGAUGCAACUACAGAUGGGGAGGGAAGUUCAAAGAGAAGAAGAUCAAAAGAUGCAAGGGCUAUGGAGGAUCAAACGGUAGCUGCAUACGUGAAUUGCAAUGCACAGGGCAUCAACAACUCUAUUUCAUUUAACAGUUCCAUUACACAAAGAAAUCCAGGUGUACAUAUGUCGAUCCCACGUAUGCCUUCAGAACCUGUACAUUCAGGUGAGGAAACAGGACAAUUUGAGGCACACAAGGCAGAAUCCAGUGUUACACCUGCCAGAACAAUCAGAAGAAGAUGUCUCAAAGGCCUUUUCCUUGAAUCAAGUGAUUCUGAUCCAGAUAAACCUGAAAAACCUCGGCGACAUGGUUGUCGUGUUGGCUGCAAUGAGAAGAAGAAAAUAAAAAGAUAAAUGUUCUAUUACAGUUGUUCUUGGCAAGGUGGAAGGAAAAGAGUUCCUUGUAUACAUAUCUAAUACUAAUCUGUGUGUCAAGCAAAUGUAAUAAUAUGCGAGUGAUCCAUUAAAUUUGCCUCUUUGCUCUA